AUGGCAUCCCGUAUCCCCAUUGGAUCCCCGGCUGGGGACACGAAGCGCGUACGAUGUGUUUGGGAUCAGGUGUCGGGUUGGAUUUAUCCCGGGAACGAGAAGACUUUGGGACGCAGCGGUGAACAAGAGCGUGGACACCGCCGGCCGGCGGAAUGUAAGGUCUCUGAACGGUCCGUACUUGUUGUCGUCUAUACCGGGGGUCUGCCCUACCGCUGCCUCUCCAUGUCGAAGCCAAGUGUGCACGACUGCACGCGUGGGCAGGCGCAACGGAAAACGCGCGGCAGCAUCACGGGUACACAGUAUCAGAAAAGCAGCACUCGCAAGGAAGGCCGUGUUAAUUCAACGACCUUGAGUCGAUCGGAACUUCCUCCCGGUGUAAACAACAUCCCCCGGCGUUCCGGACUCUCGGAAUAUUGUAGCCUUCAGCCGUCUCCCCGCCUCUCCCUCCCUGCCCGCCUACCCCCGGAGUCGUCAGCAGCCGUGGAUCAAAUCCAGUGUGGUCAGGACGGGGGUCCCUCCGCUCAGCCAGCUUUCGUGGGCUCCCAGCUCCCAGCUGCCGGUCCCGGAACCACCCAGGAAGAUUCUGCACCGGGCGUAGCCCCCGAGAGUCCACACGCGGGACCCCUUCCGCAAAGGAGAGCAGGGGGUUCGGGAGCAGAGGGUGGGAGAGCAAGGUCUCUGUUACGUUUCCCAGGCCAGACGUCCCUUCCGGACCAGUGGAUGAUGUCAUCGUCGGACGAUUUUGACCUCGUCAUCGAGGCGAUGUUGGAAGCUCCCUACCAGAAGAAGCCUCCAAUUUCCGGUCGACACAGUGAGCGCAGCAGUCGGAGUGGGAGUCGGGAAUGCCGCAGGUCCAGGGAUCGGAGUGGGAGUCGGGAAUGCCGCAGGUCCAGGGAUCGGAGUGGGAGUCAACUGAGGAGCCACAGCAGUGGGAGCACGGAGCGUGCUCGGUACUCAUCCCAGCAUCGGUCCCGGAGGCGGAGGAAGAGGAGCGGGAGCCGACGGCGAGGGCGGACGCGCGGCCGGCGCACUCGUCACAGGGACCACCGUGGGCGACACCGAAGGGAGCGGGCGAGGCACAGGCACCACGCAUCGCACAGCCGGAGCCCGAGGUUUAGCAGGAGCAGGAGCCCUCGCUACAGGUCCAGGAGCAUCAGCAGGGACCGUGUAUACGGACGCACUCUAGAAGAGCGAGAUGCGUGCACCAUUCUCUGCUUACAACUCUCAGGACAGAUCCGACCCGGGGAUCUGGAACGUUUCUUCUCCUCCGUCGGAAAGGUCCGUGACGUGAAGAUCAUAUCGGACCGCAGCUCCCGGCGAUCGAAGGGCAUUGCGUAUGUGGAGUUUUACAGUGUAGACAGCGUCCCGCAGGCGAUCAGUCUCUCCGGAACAAAAUUAUUAGGAGUCCCCAUCAUCAUUCAGGCAUCCCAGGCAGAGAAGAACCGUCCAGACCCCGGGGUCGGACACCCGCAGAUUGCGGGAGAUGGUCCGCUCAGGCUCUACGUGGGAUCGCUCCAUGCCAACAUCACCCAGGACAUGCUGAGGGCAAUCUUCACGCCCUUCGGCAAGAUUGACAGUCUGCACCUGAUUAAGGACCCACAGACCGGAAUUUCCAAGGGAUACGGGUUCGUCACGUUUGCGGAUUCGGAGUGUGCACGGCGGGCUCUGCAGCAGCUGCAGGGCUUCGAGCUGGCGGGGAAGCCGCUGAGGCUGAGCCCGGUGACGGAUCGCUGGGAGCCGGACCCCGCCGCCUCCGUCCUGGACACCGAGGACACGGAGCGCCCCGGGAUCAGCUUGGGACCCAGCAGUCGUCUCCAGCUGAUGGCUCGCCUCGCUAAGGGAUCCGGACUGGAAAUUCCGCCGGCCACACAGGCCGCUCUCCAGCUCCAGAACAUCUAUCCCUUCGGGAUCCUAAUGCCGACAGCCGCAGGCCCCACCCUGACCCAGAGUCUCCCCGGGACCACCCCGGGCUGAGAGAGACCAGAACGUGGAUGGGACCGGGCGAGUGAGGAAGGAGCACAUCACAGGCCCGUUCAACUCUGGGUCGCCUGAGAGAGUGUCCCAGUGGAGAAUUACUGACCCACACUCGACACGGGACGAUCCCCAUCUACAGAGUGAAGCUCCCUCCGUACCGACCCGUCAGUCACAGAGAGACGCUCCCUCCGCACCCUCCCGUCAGUCACAGAGAGAUGCUCCCUCCGCACCGUCCCGUCCGUCACAGAGUGAAACUCCCUCCGCACCCUCCCGUCAGUCAGAGAGUGAAAC